AUUAAACAACAAUGAGAUGCGCGAGCUGGAGCAGCGCAUGCAGAAGAGACAAGUAAAGGAGUUUGUCAACAUCUUCAGCAAGCUCGUCGACCACUGUUUCAUGUCAUGCAUCGACGACUUUUCGUCCAAGGCCCUCAACUCGCGCGAGUCCGGCUGCAUCCAGCGCUGCGUCAUCAAGGACAUGGCCGCCCAGCAGCGCCUGGGCGAGCGCUUCCAGGAGCUCAGCGCCCAGAUGGCGAACCAGCAACAACAAUAA